AUGCUCCCGGUGCCGAGAGCCAAGCGGCGGCAGCCUCUCCUGUGGCCCGGGAAUGCGGAGCCCCCAGCGCCGCCGUGGAUUUGGAUGGUCCCGAGCGCGGCUGGGCUCUUUCGGGUCGGGGGCGCCGCCGGCGUGGUGCCCCCUCCGCUCCUGCUUUCCUCGCCGCCUCAUCCGCCCCCACCACCUCCUGCCCCGCUGCUCCAGGGGGUUUCGGGCUGGCAACUUCCCUGCGACCCUUUCCUGCCGUUGAUGGCACCGGAGCACCAUUCCGCCGUGCACCAGCUUCCCUUCUUGAACGGACAGUGGAUGUUUGGAACUCAUUCUCCAGCCGUUGGAUUUUCACCAUCAUCGAACUUGGAGUUUGUUCCUCUUUUUCCCCAUGUGUAUACAACUACUGGACCACAUCAUUCUGGAAAAAGUUGGACGGAAAAGAGGUUACCAAAUUGCAAAAUCUAUUUGAACAAUGCAUUUGCUCUGGAUUCAGCAUGGAUACACCCUGAGGAAGUAUGGAUCUACCAAGGACACGAGAAGCCUCUUGUUAUGACAAAUCAAGUUGCUGUGGCUUUAUCUAGGCCGGCUGCUGCCCCCAGGCCUCUUCCUGCAAUGGUGUUAACCCCCCAGCCUAUUCCAGGUGCCUGUUGUAAACAUGCUGGCAGUAACCAGAGAAUUGCGUUUGCCGCAGCCAUGGUGUCAGUAGAUGCAGAAGCCCCUCAGGGACCAUCAACAGCCAGUGUUCAGCCAUGCCACGUGCUCACCUUGUCGCCAAUCAAAAUACCAGUGUUGACAUCACCUUUCCCAGGUGCUCCUUCUAGAAUGGAUACACGCAUGAGUUCCCGGAUGCCAACUCAAGUCACCAGGGUAGCGGCUAUCUCUUCACCAUCUGUGACGUUCAUGGCAACCAAUUUGGUGGAUCAGACAUUAACAGAUAAAGGCAAAGAAUCAAACAGGACCUCCUGCCCACCAACCCUGAUUUUACAUACUGAAAUAAAAAACAAGCCAACAGAGAAUGAAGAAGAGAAGAGUUGUUCUAUAAAACUACUCCCAGAAGAUGAUAGUGCUUCAAAUGGCAACAAGCCUGUGGCAUCCACUCCGGUUCCAGGUUCUCCUUGGUGUGUAGUCUGGACUGGAGAUGACCGAGUCUUCUUCUUCAACCCUACAAUGCAGUUGUCAGUGUGGGAGAAACCUGUGGAUCUAAAGAAUCGUGGUGAUAUUAACAGAAUCUUGGAAGACCCACCUCAUAAACGCAAACUGGAAACUUCAGCAAGUGACAGGAUGGAAGAUCCACAGAAUGCUGAGCCAGAAAAGGAAGAGAAGACUGAAAAAGCAUCAGAACAUCAGGUUAUGCUUCCAUUGGAAGAACGUAUUACCCAUUUUCGAGAUAUGCUUCUGGAAAGAGGGAUCUUUGAGCAGUUUGUCAAGACCAGAAUAAGAGAAGAAUACAAGGAAAAGAAAAAUAAAUUACUACUAGCCAAAGAGGAAUUUAAAAAACUGCUGGAGGAAUCAAAAUUAUCACCCAGGACAACAUUUAAGGAGUUUGCAGAGAAAUAUGGCAGAGAUCAACGGUUUCGUCUCGUUCAGAAGAAGAAAGACCAAGAGCAUUUUUUCAAUCAGUUCAUACUUAUUCUUAAAAAGAGAGACAAAGAAAACAGAAUACGGCUACGGAAAAUGAGAUAA